AUGAAUGUUUUAACAACAUCACAAUUGUAUAUAAAUGAAAUGAUAAAAUUAGCAGGUCCAGGAAUGAAAAUUUUAUUAAUGGAUAAAGAAACAACAUCAAUAGUAUCAUGUUCAUUUCCUCAAUCUGAAUUGAUGCAAAAAGAAGUAUAUUUAUUUGAAAGAAUUGAUUCAUUAAAUAUAAGAGAUUCAAUAAAAUAUAUAAAAGCUAUUGUUUUUUUAAGGCCAACUUUUAAAAAUGUACAAUUAUUAAUUGAGGAAUUACAAAAUCCAAGAUAUUCAUUAUAUUAUAUUUAUUUUUCAAAUAUUAUACCAAAAACAGAAAUAAAAAAAUUAGCAAGUAAUGAUAACUGCGAGGUUGUAAGAGAUUUACAUGAAUUUUUUUUGGAUUCUAUUCCACUUUCAACAAAUCUCUUAACUUUAGGUCUACCAAAUUGUUAUACAAUAAAAAAUGGUGUAUUUAAAAUAAAUGAAGAAUGUUUGGAAAGGAUGGUUGAAAUGUUAGCAGCUUGUUCUUUAAGUUUCAAGAGAAAACCAAUUGUCAGAUAUCAAAGGAAUUCUAAGAAUUGUGCUAGGUUGGCAGAAGGAAUAGAUAAAUUGCGUUCUAGAGAAGAAGAUUUAUUUGAAAAUUGCAAUGAUGACGUUUUAAUUUUAAUUUUAGAAAGAAGUGAGGAUCCUAUUACUCCAUUAUUAAAUCAAUGGACAUAUGAAGCAAUGGUUCAUGAAUUAUUUGGAAUUAACAAUAAUAAAGUUGUAUUGAAUUUAAAGAGUAAAGAUGACAAAGGAAAUAUUGUUGAUGAAGAAAAAAAAUUUGUUCUUAAUUGUUUACAAGAUGAUUUUUAUGCUACAAACAUGUAUUUAAAUUUUGGAGAAAUAGGUCAAAAUAUUAAACAAUUAAUGACUGAGCAUCAAGAGAAAGCUAAAACUCAUCAAAAACUUGAUUCUAUACAAGAUAUGAAGAAAUUCAUUGAAAAUUAUCCUCAAUUUAGAAAAAUUUCUGGAACUCUUUCUAAGCAUGUGCAAAUUGUUAGUGAAUUAGCUGCAAUUGUAGCAAGAGAAAAACUUAUGGAGAUUUCUGAAUUAGAGCAGACAAUGUUUGCUGAUGGUGACCACAAUACAUGUUUAGCAAAUGUUAGAAAACUUUUACAAGAUUUUAAUAUUAGUGAUUUAAAUGCCGUAAGACUGGUAAUGAUUUAUGGCUUACGAUUUGAAGGACAUGCGAAUAAUUCUUUACCUUCACUUUUAUCAAUGUUACGCCAAAGAAAUGUGGAUAAUAAAUACUUUACCGCAAUUGAAAAUCUUUUUACAUUCGCUGGUUCAAAUGUUCGACAAGGUGAUUUAUUUAAAAAGAAUCCUUCUGCUUCAGAAAUAGCUAAGAGAUUUAUUAAAGGAUUUAAAGGAAUUGAAAAUAUCUUUACAGAACAUGAUCCUUAUAUUCUACGUAUUCUUGAAGAUAUUGUACGUGGAAGGUUAACGGAACAAUCAUUUCCCUAUAUUUGGAAUGAUGGAUAUUUUGGUGUUAAUGGUAAACGUAUUGAAGGAAUCAUAGUUUAUAUUAUUGGUGGAGCAACUUAUGAAGAAAGUGCUGCAAUAAAUUUAUUUAACUUGAAAAAGCUUCAAAAUCCAUCUUAUCCUAAAGUUGUUUUAGCAAGCAAUUAUGUACAUAAUACAAAAAGUUUUAUUGAUAUGCUUAGUAGUAACCAAAAAUGA